CGCUCUGCCAUUGGCCGCAGCGUCUCAGACCUGAACACACCUGACAGGUGAGUCUGAGGCUCCGGUUCAGACCCAGGUCUGGACCAGGACACAGAAGGACAGAUGGGUCACAACCACAGCUGCACCUGUCCACAGGUGAUCCUGAUGGGCCUGGACUCCGCUGGGAAGUCGACUCUGCUGGCCCACCUGCUUACAGGACAGGUCAUGGACACCUCCCCCACCAUCGGCUUCAAUGUUGGGAACCUGGACCUGGACAAGAAGACCAGUCUGACUGUGUGGGACGUAGGAGGACAGAAGAGCAUGAGAACCAACUGGAGGUUCUACCUGGAUGACUGUCAGGUUCUAGUCUUCGUGGUGGACUCCUCUGAUCAUGCUCGGAUGUCUGAGGCUCAAAAAGCUCUGAAGAAGAUUCUGAGUGAUGAGAAGUUAAGAGGAGUUCCAUUGAUGGUUCUAGCAAACAAGAAGGAUCUGCCCAACAGCAUGACCAUCAGAGAGGUGUCCACUCUCCUGGACCUCCCUGGUCUUGUGGGUCGUCGGUGGCAGAUCCAGGCCUGCAGUGCUCUACAGGGUCUGGGUCUAAACCAGGCCUUCACCUCCAUCAACAAGAUGAUCAAGAAGAACUGAAUCACAUCCACCAAGACCAGAUCUGCAGGUCCAGGUCCAGGGUCAAACCACCAAGACCAGAUCUGCAGGUCCAGGUUCAGGGUCAGACCACCAAGACCAGAUCUACAGGUCCAGGUCCAGGGUCAGACCACUGGACCUGGAUUAUUUAGGUCCAGGUUCAGGGUCAGACCACUGGACCUGGAUUUUCGAGGUCUGACAUAGACCUCUGGCCCUUAAAGGUCUGUACCUGCUGGGACCAGGACCAGGACCAGGACCAGGAUGCUGAUUGGACAGAAGCCCCGCCCCUCUUCCUGUCAGAAACACUGUCCACUCAGCAGGUUCCGCCCUUUAAAGGCUCCACCUUUUUCUUGUGUGUUUUGUGGUUUGUGGGUGUGGUUUGUCCUUCAGGGCUGCGGUAAAAUCACGAUCAUUCGUGAUCGUGUCAGAUUUGGAGUUUUCGUGUCUGUUCUGUUAAACGUAGUCAUGGUAAAUUCUCGUUGUCAUUAAAUAAACGUGUGAAAAGAAUCAAAAUUUGUUUGUCUGUGACCAGUGACAUGUGGUCUGUAAUUGACCAGAAGCAGAGCACACAGAGCACCGAAACCAGCAAAAUAAAACAGGAAGUGAACACAACCCCUCACCAAAAUAAAAC